AUGGUUGUUGAACUGGAUGUGAUCCUUGGAGUGAGCACCGAGCGUAAAUCGCUUGUAAAUGCCCACAUUACGAUUGUAACUGCUCUCAUGGUUUUUACUGACAUUAUCGCGGUCUUCAUUGUUCUGAUCAUGGCAGUCGGGAAUCGAAACAAAUUCACUAGCGAUCUUCCCGGUCAUUUUGUCGAUGAGCACAAAUUCUACGCUGCUCUUGGACCGUUCUGGAUGUACCUUGGCGCCAUCACAUUGCACAUCAGUGUGGCGGUUAAUAUGUGCUUCCUGCAAGUGCUCAACUCGUUCAUUUCAUUUCUUGAUGAAAAGAUGACUCCUACCAACUCCUCGCAUAACUUAAAACAGUCAGAGAACAAAAUUAAGACGGAAGAGACGGUGAAAAACUGA